AUGUUUCCCAGUAUUAGCGCAAAUAUUGAAGAGAUGAAAUCCGUUAUCAUUGAACAUUUGACGCUAUUAGAAGAAAAAAUUGAUCACUACUUUCCUUCCCUAAAUACAGAUAAUUACGAUUGGAUUCGAAAUCUUUUUAUCUCGAUUAAUAUGUCGAAAUACCAGCUAUCAUUACAAGAGGAAGAAGAGUUAGUAGGCUUGUCAACGGAUCGCAAUCUGAAACUAAAAUUUUCUGAAAUGUCACUUGAAGAAUUUUGGAUUUCUGUGCAAGCUGAACACCCACUUCUUUCUACAAGAGCAGUAAAGGUAUUACUACAGUUUGCAACUUCAUACUUGUGUGAAUUAGGUUUUUCAACCUUCACAAACAUAAAAACAAAGAAACGUGAAAGACUUGGGAAUAUUGAUGAAGAAGUGAGAGUAGCGCUAUCGCAUAUUAGACCGCACAUUGCUAAAAUUUGCAAAAGUCAUCAGCAUCAGGCUCAAGUGUCGCACUAA